UUUCAGCCACCAAAGUCUAUCCGAUGGUUCGACAAAUCAGUUUACAACUACAGCAUCCCGUACAACGAGAGUUGCGCAUUGGGAUACAGCGAAGACUGUCUUUACCUGUCUAUUUACACUCCCAUUAUACAGGACAUUAAAUACUUCCCCGUCGUGGUAUGGGUCCAUGAAUACUCCCAUGCGCAUGGGCCAGACUUUUUCAUUAACGAAGACGUUCUCGUAGUGACAGUCUCGUUUCGAACGUCAAUUUUUGGUUUCCUGAACACCGGGGAUAGUUUCGCCGAAGGGAACAUGGGAGCGAAAGAUCUGAUAGCCGCUUUGAAAUGGAUCCGAGAAUACAUUACUUAUUUUAAUGGAGAUUUAAAUAGAGUAACUGUUUUUGGGUCGGAAACAACCGCUCCUAUAGUGGCCUCGCUCCUGCUGUCCGCUGCCGGAGAAGACCUCUUCAACAGAGUAAUAGUACAAAGCGGCAGUGCUCUAUCCCCAGCAGAUUACAGAACAUACAAUUUCGAAGUUUCGAACAAAUUAUACUGGAACCUACACGGACCGUUCGAAAAAUUUAACAGAACAAAUCUAUAUGAGUUGCUUUCUAAAAGUUCGACAAAACAGUUGUUAGCAGCUAGUCGUGAUCUAUUCGACAGCACCGAAGUCAGAGACAAUCAAAGGUUAAUAAACGCCUUCUCCCCAACCGUCGAAGCAUCAGCCAGAGGCGCCUUUAUGAACAAAUUCCCCUUAGAAGUAUACGACCGAAAGAUCACUAAUAACGCCGUCGAAGUUAUGUUGGGAUAUACAAACUUAGACUCUCUGCACAAACUGGACGGUUUCGUCACGAACAGGAAACUUCUAAAGUAUUUAAAUUAUAACUUUCAGUAUUUAUUACCAUUCGAGGGAAGGAAGGACGAAUACGGAUCGAAACUGUACAAGAAGAUUAGGAGGAAAAUAAUGGAUUUCUAUUUCGUUAAUGGAACGGUCGGGGAGAGGAGUCUGAGGCGGUACGCGAAAUAUGUGUCGGACCAAGUGAUUUAUCCGAUACUCCGUCAAGCGAGCCUGCACGCCCAAGUAUCAUGUAAUCAUGUUUACUUGUACCGUUUCACCUUUAGAAGUUCGUUCAACAUCGUGUGGAACACGUUGCUUCGUAAUUUAAACCUGAGUGGGGCGACGGCGGGUGACGAAAUCUGUUACCAAUUCAAAUGUAAAUCUUUGAGCGGGGCCUACAAUAUCAGCGAGGAUUCUAAUGAAAGGCACUUCAUUAGGAAGAUGGCGCGGCUAUUGGCGAAUUUCGUUAAGCACGGGUAAGGUUAAUGCAGAUUAAAUAUUUGCUUAUACACCUCUCUUCGUCGGAUUAUGAAUUUUAAUUUAAGUGGUUGUGGUUCUUGAUUCCGAGUUGUUUUGUAAUUGUUUUGUCAGUUUACUGUAAGCUAUUUGCUUUGAUGGUAUUAAAAGAUUGUGAAGUUACCUGCGCUGAGGUAUUUUGGUCGGAAUUAAGUUUCGUCUGGUAUUUUAAUAUUAAAAUUUGUUUGUAAGAGGCUUUUGAAUUAUUUUCGUUCUUUUAAACCGCUUGGUGUGAUUCUGAAUUAAAUGAAAAGAGCUUUUGACUAAAUGAACUCCGCAUAAUAACAUAUGUAUGUUAAGCUAUUAGUUAUCGGCAAUAGAAUUAUUCGAAAGCAGUUUUGUUUUAAGAGUGCUGUUUCAAACUACAUGAUAUUUUUUCCACAUUAA